AAAAAAUUGAAUACAUUCAAGUGCUAUAUAUAUGUACAAUAACUAGCAAAUCAGUAUUAGGCAAUUUCUUGCAAUUCCAUUGCAUAACACAAUCCUUUUCUUUGGGGAAAAAAAAAUGGGUGAUGAAGUUGUCCUUUUGGAUACCUAUGUGAGUGUGUUUGGGAUGAGGGUGAGGAUUGCCCUAGCUGAAAAGGGGAUCAAAUAUGAAUACAAAGAGGAGGAUUUGAUGAACAAAAGCCCUCUACUCUUACAAAUGAAUCCAAUUCACAAGAAAAUCCCAGUGUUGAUCCACAAUGGAAAACCAAUUUGUGAGACACAAAUAAUUGUUGAGUACAUAGAUGAAGUUUGGAAGGACAAGUUACCACCCUUGAUGCCUUCUCAUCCUUACAACAGAGCUCAUACUAGGUUUUGGGCUGAUUAUAUUGGAAAAAAGAUUUAUAAUGGUGGAAUGAAAAUUUGGAGCUCAAAAGUGGAAGAGCAUGAAACAGCCAAUAAAGAGUUCAUAGAGUGUUUGAAGGUAUUGGAAGGGGAAUUAGGAGACAAGCCAUACUUUGAUGGGGAAAAUUUUGGGGUUGUGGAUAUGGCUUUUAUUCCUUACUAUAGUUGGUUUCCUGUUUAUAAAAAAAUUAGCAACUUAAACAUAGAAGCAGAGUGUCCAAAGUUUGUGGCAUGGGCAAAGAGGUGUAUGCAAAAGGAGAGUGUCUCUAAGUCUCUUGUUGAUCCUGACAAAGUCUAUGAGUAUGUUGUCAUGUUUAGACAGAAGAUGGGCAUUGCCUAAAAGACGGAUCUAGAACGGAGUUGUGCAGGUUCAACUGAACGUUGUUGUUUCUAGUUCGAACUAUGUUUAAAUUGUAUGCAUAUAAUAAGAUUACACUCGUUCUGAAUUUGGUUAGGUAGAUUCUAAUUCGCUUCAUCUAUUGUAAUGUAAUAUUGGAGAUUUUGUAAUAGUGUGAUAUGGUAGAUUUUGCUUUUUCAACGUCUCUCACAAGAAAUCCUAUGCUUUAGCAAUUGUAUACUAUCAUAUGGGAGUUUGAAGCAAUGUUUAUGUUGUCUUACGUG